UUGAAUCGAUAAACAUAGAAAGGUUCAAUAAAAUAGUAACGUUUAAAAUGUCUCUGUGGGCGAUUCUUUUCGUAUCAAUUUUAUGUCGCGAAAGUUUUUGCGAAACAGAUUCAGACGAAAUGGAAUCAGAGAAUAUAUUUCGGAAGAGCAUAACGCAGCAGGAGUAUGAUGGUCUUCCUAUAGAGUACCCAGUCAAGUCGUCACGGACAGAUAAACUCACUACGACAUUAGAUCAAGUUUCAGAAACUCCAGAUAAGCGCUUUAGACGUAUUUACAACGCAGAUGAAGUAGCCUCUAUUGAGGAAUAUCCCUUUUUGGCCGCUUUACUUGUAAACAAGCAACUUUGGUGCGGCGCUGCCGUCAUCGCUAGUGACCGAGUCCUCACUGCUGCACAUUGUCUUCAGUUGCAAUAUAACAAUCGUUUUUUCCGUGAAUACGUAAAGAUGCUAACAAUCCGAUUGGGAUCCUCAAAUGCCACAUCCGGUGGUGAGAUAUACAGGGUGUCGGAGAUAUUCUUUCACCCCAAUUACAAGCCAGAUACACUUGAGUUCAAUUUCGCAGUGAUCCGAUUACAUAGAUAUAUAUCCAAUGAUAGAAUGAAAAGUAAAGUUGCGAAAAUCGACUAUGCUACAGAAAGGAUUGUACCCACGGACAGUGUGAUUACUUUUCUGGGAUGGGGUUCGGUUUUGGGAAUCGGUGGCCUCGGUGGACAAGUGUUACUGCAAAAGUUGGAGUUACCUAUAUACGACUUAGCCGAUUGUCAAGAAAUAUAUGGGCGAGAAUUGGUGACUCGUACAAACUUCUGUGCUGGAUAUAUUACAAAAGCUAAAAAUGUUUGCAAUCAUGAUGCAGGUGGACCAGCUAUACUAAAUGGGGUACUGGUAGGAAUUCUCUCUUUUUCCUCCAAACGCUGCGACCUCUUGGACCAGCCAGCAGUUUUCUCUGCAGUAGGAGCCGUCACAACAUGGAUAGACACAAUCGGUGAAACCACAUUUAAACUUACGAAUUCAGAGUUGAAAUAUCCAGACUGGAUCAACAAACAAGAGUAAAUAAAACAAUGAAUUGUUACAUUAACAUGCAAUAUAUUUUCUCUAAUACUGUACACUUGUAAUCAUUAGGACUACAUUGUAACAAGACAAAUAAAAACAUUCCAAAUUAUUAUUUUAAAUAUAUAUUUCUAUUCAACAUACAACAUUGAAUAACAUACAAUUUUUUUUGUUUCUCAUCGGUCUUCCAAUAUUGUAUUAUGGAAUGAUAUCGAGCUGAUUUAUAAAUAACUUUAUCCAGUGAUUAACAUUAACUGGCAACACCAAGCUAGGUAUGUACAGCGAUAGGCGUCGACGGUCAAGUUGUCAAAUGUGACAAUGACGCGGUAUUAAUGACGCCGAAUAGCUACGGAAUAUAAACAACAAUAAAGACUAUAUGUGCUUGUUAUAAGCGAUUAUUUGAG